AUGACGGAUUCAGUUGUCGUGGAGGGAUAUGUCAAAUUCAGAGAUGGAAAAAAGGUGUUUACAAAACAAAGUAAUUCAUUGAAUUUGAAUGUGCGUGAAAGUUAUACGGUAUUUGAACGUUUGCGUCUGUGUUGUACCGUUAUCUCUUUCAGUGGAAGGAUAGGUGGGUCGUACUCCGCAAGCCAUCGCCUGCAGCAGGUACGUCGCUCACUGUUCUAUAUUCGAAAGCGCGUAACACACGUUGCAGGAAUAACAUCAGCGCACAACUUUACAUCGUUUUUCUUUGUUAAAUUAAUACAGUAAUUUAAUAGGCCUACAAUUCAAUUCGAAAGUUUACUGCUUGUGGUCUAUUUACUACCGUAGUAAAUCGAUAAAUAACUUUAUGCUUGUCAUUUAGCCUACUAAACAUCCCAAAUGAAAAGCAACUGGAAACAAAGUUGCAUUACUGCAUGCCAUGGAAUUCAAUGUUUUCCAUGCAUAGGCUACUGUGCUGAUAGUUUCGAAUUUCGGGUUGCUCAUUCAGAACUUUGGCUGGCUCCGUAUUAAAGUUAAUGUGUUCUGGUACUAGGCUACAUUUAAAGAGGCAGCUGCUGUAUUUGUGUUUAUAACUGGUUUAUAACCAUACAUCAGUCAAUUAAGCUUUAAAUACAAUGUAGGAAAUUUAGUUGUAUGUCAAAUGUGUCUGUUGUUAUAAAUAAUUUAAACUAUAGUCUUCUGAUUGGAAGUGAUUACCUUUACUGUCAGAAAACGGCGACAGUGAAAUGCGGUAGGCGAAGUCAUACGCAGGACACGGAGCUACUGGAAACCGUACUUUUAAUAAAAGUCGCCAGUGAAAUACAACGUCUCCAAACAACGGAGAAAAUGAACGACCUGUACACUGUCGAUGACACAAACAAUAACACACAACACACAAUGCACGACAGAGGGUUAAAUAGGGAGUACAAUACAACAUAAUGGGGAACAGGUGUACACAAUCAGACACAACAAGUCAAACACCGAAACAUAGAUCGGUGGCAGCUAGUACUCCGGGGACGACGAAUGCCGAAGCCUGCCCGAGCAGGGAGGAGGAGCAGCCUCGGCUGAAUCCGUGACAGUACCCCCCCCUUGACGCGCGGCCCCAGCCGUGCGCCGACCCCGGCCUCGGGGACGGCCAGGAGGACACAGAGCAGGGCGAGUCGGAUGACUCCGGUGGAAGUUCCUCAACAAGGAGGGAUCUAGAAUGUCCCUCCUGGGGACCCAGCACCGUUCCUCCGGACCCUAGAGGUGAACUGGGGACCCCGAUCAGACACUAUAUCCUCAGGCACCCCAUAGUGCCGGAAGACGUGUGUAAACAGGGCCUCAGCAGUUUGUAGGGCAGUAGGGAGACCUGGCAGGGGAAUGAGGCGGCAGGCUUUGGAAAACCGAUCCACAACGACCAAUAUAGUAGUGUUUCCCUGAGAGGGGGGAAUGUCCGUAACAAAAUCCACCGAUAGGUGAGACCACGGCCGUUGUGGAACGGGUAGGGGUUGUAACUUCCCCCUGGGCAGGUGUCUAGGUGCCAUACACUGGGCGCACACCGAGCAGGAGGAAACAUAAACCCUCACGUCCUUGGCUAAGGUUGGCCACCAGUACUUCUCACUAAGGCAGUGCACUGUCCGACCAAUACCCGGAUGACCAGAGGAGGGUGACGUGUGAGCCCAGUAUAUCAACCGGUCGUGAACCUCGAGCGGCACGUACCUCCGACCCUCUGGACACUGUGGAGGAAUAGGGUCGGAACGUAACCACCGCGAUUGCCACUCCCACACCACCGGUGCAUCGACUCCGGGAGUAUGGGAGUGGGCUCAAUGGACCUCUCCUCAGUGUCAUAUAGUCGGGACAGGGCAUCUGCCUUAGCGUUCUGGGACCCUGGUAUAUAUGUGAGCUUAAAUACAAAGCGGGAAAGCAACAUCGACCACCUUGCCUGGCGAGGAUUCAACCUCCUCGCUGCCCGGAUGUACUCCAGGUUACGAUGGUCAGUCAGAAUGAGAAAAGGGUGUUUAGCCCCCUCAAGCCAAUGUCUCCACACCUUCAGGGCCUGAACCACAGCCAGCAGCUCCCUAUCCCCCACGUCAUAAUUGCGCUCCGCCGGACUGAGCUUCUUAGAAUAGAAAGCACAGGGGCGGAGUUUAGGUGGCGUAUCCGAGCGCUGAGACAGCACAGCGCCGAUCCCAGCCUCGGAAGCGUCCACCUCCACCUGGAAUGCCAAAGAGGGAUCCGGAUGCGCCAGCACCGGAGCCGAGGUAAACAGGUCCUUCAAGCGUUUAAACGCCAUAUCAGCCUCAGCUGACCACUGCAGGCGCACCGGACCACCCUUUAACAGAGAGGUAAUGGGAGCCGCUACCUGUCCAAAGCCCCGGAUAAACCUCCGGUAAUAAUUGGCAAAACCCAAAAAGCGCUCCACUUCCUUUACCGUGGUCGGGGUCUGCCAAUUACGCACGGCAGAAACGCGGUCAACCUCCAUCUCAACCCCUGACACGGACAACCGAUGUCCCAGGAAGGAGAUGGACUCCUGGAAGAACAGACAUUUCUCCGCCUUCGCAUACAGGUCAUGUUCCAACAGUCUACCAAGCACUCGACGCACCAGGGACACAUGCUCGGCUCGUGUAGCGGAAUAUAUUAGGAUGUCAUCAAUAUAUACCACAACACCCUGUCCAUGCAAGUCCCGAAAAAUCUCAUCCACAAAUGAUUGGAAGACUGAAGGAGCAUUCAUUAACCCGUAUGGCAUGACGAGAUACUCAUAGUGACCCGAGGUGGUACUAAAUGCUGUCUUCCACUCAUCUCCCUCCCUAAUGCGCACCAGAUUGUACACACUCCUGAGAUCUAAUUUUGUGAAGAAUCGCGCCCCGUGUAAUGACUCCGUCAUGCUAGCAAUCAGAGGAAGAGGAUAGCUGUAUUUGAUGGUGAUCUGAUUUAGACCACGGUAAUCAAUACACGGGCGUAAACCCCCAUCCUUCUUCUUUACAAAAAAGAAACUUGAGGAAGCAGGGGAAGUAGACGGCCGUAUGUAACCCUGUCUCAAAGAUUCGGUGACGUAGGUCUCCAUAGCGGCCGUCUCCUCCUGAGAUAGAGGAUACACGUGACUACGUGGAAGCGCAGCGCCUACCUGGAGGUCUAUCGCACCAUCCCCAUGGCGAUGAGGUGGUAAUUGAGUCGCCUUCCUCUUACUGAAGGCGAGAGCCAAAUCGGCGUACUCAGGUGGAAUAUGCAAGGCGGGAACUUGGUUUCGGGCUUUCCACCGUCGUUGCCCCUACGGAAACGCCUAAACACCGCCCAGUACACUGAUCAGACCAUCCCUGGAGAGCUCUCUGCUGCCAUGAAAUGUUGGGGUCAUGAGCGGUUAACCAGGGAAGCCCCAACACCACUGGAAACGCAGGAGAAUCAAUCAAAUAUAACCGUACUAUCUCCUCAUGACCCUCCUGCGUUCUCAUCCGGACAGGCGGCGUGACCUCCCUGAUCAACCCAGACCCCAACGGGCGGCUAUCUAGGGCAUGAAUGGGGAAGGGCACAUCAACAGGCACGGUAGGAAUCCCUAACUUAUAGGGGAAACCUCGGGAAACACCACUUAAUACACAUAUGAUCAGCAGAGAGCUCUGGGUGAGUUGGGUGCCUACUCACCGGGAAAGACUCAUCAGUGUGUCGCCCACUGCCUCGAUUCCUAGGAGACCUUCCCCAGCACCGACCAGCAGUGUGUCCUCUGCGGCCACAGUUGGUGCAGGGGACAGCCUCCCUCCUGGUCUCCCUACUAGUCUCCCUAGCACCAGCACCCCCGAGCUCCAUAGGGGUCGGCUCGGAAGUGCUGGGGGAUGGAAUGGACGGCCCCGAAUCCGGACGUCCGCGGGUAGCCAACAGGGUAUCCAGGCGAAUCGAAAUGUCCACCAGUUGGUCAAAGCUGAGGUUGGUGUCCCUGCAGGCUAAUUCCCGACGCACAUCCUCCCUCAGGCUGCAUCUGUAGUGGUCGAUGAGGGCACUCUCAUUCCAUCCCGAGUUGGCGGCUAGCGUCCGGAAGUCCAGCGCGAACUCCUGCGCGCUCCUCCUCCCCUGUCUAAGGUGGAAUAGACGCUCACCCGCCGCUUUACCCUCUGGGGGAUGAUCGAAUACAGCCCUGAAGCGGCGGGUGAACUCCGCAUAGCUGACCGUAGCUGCGUCUAUCCCACCCCAUUCGGCGUUGGCCCACUCCAGCGCCUUGCCGGACAGACAGGAGAUGAGGGCGGACACGCUCUCGUAUCCCGAGGGCGACGGGUGAAUGGUGGCGAGGUAGAGUUCCACCUGGAGUAGGAACCCCUGACACCCGGCCGCGGUGCCAUCAUAAGCCCUCGGGAGCGAGAGCCGAAUCCCACUGGACUCCGGAGAUGGACCGAUGGGUAUGGCUGAUGGUGGUUGCAUCGUAGGAGGAGGUGUGGGCAAACCUCCCCUCUCCCAUCGCCUCAAAGUGUCCAUCACUUCAUGCAUGGUGGUACCCAGGUGCUGGAUCCUGGCCUCUUGGAGGAUAAUGCGCUCCUCCAGUGAUCCCCUAGGCACAACCGAUCCUGCUGACUCCAUGGUGGUGUGUUAUUCUGUCAGAAAACGGCGACAGUGAAAUGCGGUAGGCGAAGUCAUACGCAGGACACGGAGCUACUGGAAACCGUACUUUUAAUAAAAGUCGCCAGUGAAAUACAACGUCUCCAAACAAUGGAGAAAAUGAACGACCUGUACACUGUCGAUGACACAAACAAUAACACACAACACACAAUGCACGACAGAGGGUUAAAUAGGGAGUACAAUACAACAUAAUGGGGAACAGGUGUACACAAUCAGACACAACAAGUCAAACACCGAAACAUAGAUCGGUGGCAGCUAGUACUCCGGGGACGACGAAUGCCGAAGCCUGCCCGAGCAGGGAGGAGGAGCAGCCUCGGCUGAAUCCGUGACAUUUACUGUACUAUAGGCUAGUUAUUGUGUCUAAAUAUGUUCAUAUCAGUGGAGGCUGCUGAGGGGAGGACAGCUCAUAAUAAUGUCUUGGAAUGGAGCAGAUGGAAUGGCAUCAGACACAAGGAAACCAUGUGUUUGAUGUAUUUGAUACCAUUCCACCCAUUUCGCUCCAGCCAUUACCACGAGUCUGUCCUCCCCAAUUAAGGUGCCACCAACCUCCUGUGGUUCAGAUAUAAUAGUAAAUGCACUCACAAUGUUAUUGUGGGAUACCACGUGUCGUCAGUAGCGAGGAGCACUGUGGACCAACUACUGUGGACCAACUACUGUCUGUUUUCACCAUAUGCCUGUACAGUCACAGUAAAUGCCAACCACCCAAGAUAACCAUACCCCCUGCCUUUCAUACGAUGUCAAGAGGUACUGGUACUCACUGUAGGCCUGGCAUAUUAUGGGCUCUGGCCAUGUCUUACAAGAGCCAGGUGCUGCCAACAGGUUUACUCAAAGUGCAAAAGUCGCUGACUGACUUAUCAUUGUGUUGAGUGUAGCCUUUCAGGAUAACAUAGUGAAGUCAGUGUCCUUUUGAUAUUUUUCGAAGCAGGCCAGACAAUAUGGUACAUUUAUUUAACUCGUAGUCUUCCCUAGACAGUACUGAAGUUGAGUAUAAGAACUCACAUUUUCUAAUGAUCCUUUACAUUUACAUUUACAUUUUAUUCAUUUAGCAGACGCUCUUAUCCAGAGCGACUUACAGUUAGUGAGUGCAUACAUUUAUUUUGUUCAUACUGGCCCCCCGUGGGAAUCGAACCCUUUACUCUCUCUUCUUCCCCCAUCUCAUCCUCCCACCUCAGAACAGACAAUACAAUACAGUACAUUACAAUAAAUUACAAUACAAUACAAUAUAACACAAUACAAUACAAUACAAUACAAUAUAACAUAACAUAAUACAACACAAUACAUUACAUUACAAUAAAUUACAAUACAAUAUAAUACAGUACAAUACAUUACAAUAAAAUACAAUACAAUACAAUACCAUACAGUAAAAUACAAUACAAAUGUGAUGGGUGAUUUGAAGGAGUCAGGCGCAGGAGGGUAAAUCACAGAAUAACAGGAUUUAUUCCGGAAUACAGAGUACGCAGUAAAGCGUCAAAACAGUCCAGGCGCACUGGAACCAACAAGGCACACAGGGAAAAUAACCCGGCGAAUACAAAAUACAAGGAGCUCCACCGAGCUUCACUAUCCUCACAAAUAACAAUCACACACAAAGACAAGGGGGCAGAGGGAACACUUAUACACAUACUAAUGAGGGGAUAUGAACCAGGUGUGUGUAAUAGACAAGACAAAACAAAUGGAAUGAUGAGAUGAGAUGCGGCAGUGGCUAGAAGGCCGGUGAUGACCGAAGCCUCCCGAACAAGGAGAGGAGGCAGCAUCGGAGGAAGUCGUGACAACAAAAAAGUACUGUACAGUACAAUAAAUUACAAUACAAUAUAGUAUAACAUAAUACAAUACAAUACAGUAUACAAUACAAUACAGUAUAAUACAAUACAUCAUUCUACCCCCCCCCACCUCCCCCCACCCCCCCAUUCUAAAUUUUAAAUAAUAAUAAUAAUAAUAAUAAUAAUAAUAAUAAUAAUAAUAUAUAUAUAUAUAUAUUAUAUAUAUAUAUAUAUAUAUAUAAUAUAUAUAUAUAUAUAUAUAUAUAUAUAUAUAUAAAAAGUGGUUUGUCCCACUGGCUAUCCUAAGUUGAUGCACCAUUUGUAAGUCGCUCUGGAUAAGAGCAUCUGCUAAAUGGCUUAAAUGUAAAUGUUACAUACAAUACAAGUGCAAUACAAUUACAAUACUGCUACAAUAAUUACAAUAACAUAAAAAUAUAAUAUAAAUACCAAUACAAUGCAGUACAAUACCGUACAAUACAAUACCAAUACAAGUACCAUACAGUUAAAAAGCUCAAAAUUGAGUUUCACUCCAACCUAUCACUGGAAGGUAUCUCAAUACAAUGAUAAUUCGAUGCAUAACAACGUUUUUGGUUGUAGUUAACUUCCUCAUACCUAGCCUCAACAUUCACUAACAACUAAGACUGCUUUUCGACUAAACAUUGCCAGCCAGGUUCCUGGACACAGAUGAAGCCUAGUCCAGGACUAAAAAGCACUUUCAAAGGAGAUUUCCUUUGAACAUGCUUUUUAGUCCAAUAAUAAUCUUAGUCUGUGUCCAGGAAACUGACCCUUUAUGUUGUAGGAUACAAAUGUUAUAGAUCAUCAAUAUUUAGUGAAACUUAAGUUUUUCCUUAUGUUCUCUCCCCAUUUUCCCAGACUGCUUGGUACUUCUGGUCUACAAAGACAAGUCGGAUAAAGCCCAGGGCCACCGGGAGAGGGUCAGCGUCACCUUGGAGGACAUCUGUGGUCUGGAGACAGGUCUCUCCUAUGAGGGGGUGGGCUACACGCUGGCCAUCCUCUGCCUGGGCCAGGUUGUCGUGCUGGGCUUCGACGGCAAGGAGGCUCUGCUGGCCUGGGACAUCCGCGUCCGCUACAGUCUGGGAGAAGGUGGGAGAUGCACUGGUUUAUGGUAGCCAUUGUUUUUGCCCCAUUUUUGUACUAUUUGGAUUAGCUUGUGAAGUAAUAAAUUGAACUCAUUUAGUAGAUUUUAGCCUAGGCCAUCCGUGUCCCCUUCAGCCUGAUGGUUAUUGCAGGGGGCCCCUUUAGAUAGUAUGUCAUGUAUAUAUCUCCGUUAGGCGUUGAGUCAAAUCAGCUUGUUUUUAGCUGGACCUGGCACAUCGGUAUCUGCUACAGCCUAGACUGUCUUACGGGUAGGUCCUUGUUGACAGUGUUCUCAAAUGACGUGCUCUUCUGGGUGACCCAUGUGUUAUGCAAUAUGAAUUUACAUAACAUGUGCAUCAAAGCAAAUCAUUUCAUAGUAACCAGCAAGGUGUUUUAGAUGUCAGUUUGAUGACUGAUUGAGCAUGGAAUGGGGUAUAACUGGUUGGAUCUACUCGUAUUCCUGUCAACACCCGGAAAUAUCUAUUCAUUAACAUAUAUUUUUACUUUUUUAUGCUCUGAUGUUGAUUUAAAAGUUUAAUAAGGCAAUUUAUAUUUUUAAACUUCACAGAGUCCAGUUGAAUUGUGUUGUGGACCAAAUGAGUGUAAAAAAAUCACAGAUGUAUUGGAUCUAUUGUGUGGAGUGUAAUUGGAAUGGUCAGGAAAACAUAUCACAGCUGCCCUGUGUAUGUGUGCUUGUGUGUGUGUGUGUGUGUGUGCCUGUUUCACUCUUUUCCACGGUUGUGUGUGUGUGUGUCUGUUCCACUCCACGUUUUACGAGUGUGUGUGGUUCCUCUGUAGCUCAAUUGGUAGAGCAUGGCACUUGUAACGCCAGGGUAGUGGGUUCGAUCCCCGGGACCACCCAUACGUAAAAAUGUAUGCACACGUGACUGUAAGUCGCUUUGGAUAAAAACGUCUGCUACAGUUUUUUACAAUCACUUUGACACUAAUUUCAGAACCUUGACGUCAUUUUUCAAAACUCUAGACACAAAACUCAAAACGGUCAUCACCUGUAACACAGGCUGUCCAAUGUUCAAAACAUUGCAUUGUGCAUUCAUAUCUUUAAAAAAAUCUUGCACUUGCACAAUCAUUGGUUCAAAAAACAAAUGUAUUGUGAAAUACCAAUGAAACGUUAAUUUAGAUCACCCACACACAAGCAACCGAUAGUUUCACUGUGUCAUUGUUCGUACAAUCAUUAAAUAUUGUAGUACAAAUAGGUGAUACAUGUUUCAUUAUGGUACUACAUGUAAAUACAUCCCUGUAAAAGUACUGCUGUAGUAGAGAGAAUACUACAGACACAGUGGAAUCAUUGAACAAAAUCUGAAAUAUGUUGAUGAAAAGAUAAACGUAAACUCAUGAUGACGAAGUGUGGUGAAACAGGCGAUGGCAGUCAUUGAGAAUAACCAAGGCAUAUUUAGGUCUGCCAAUAAGAAGCGGUGGUUGACAGAGUCGAAGCCUUGGCCAGUCAAUGAAAAUGGCUGCACAGUACUGUCUAUUAUCGAUCGCGGUUAUAAUAUCGUUUAGGACCUUGAGCGUGGCUGAAGUGCACCCAUGACCAGCUCGGAAACCGGAUUGCAUAGCGGAGAAGGUACGGUGGGGAUUCGAAAUGGUCGGUGAUCUGUUUGUUGACUUGGCUUUCAAAAACUUUUGAAAGGCAGGGCAGGAUGGAUAUGGGUCUGUAACAGUUUGGAUCUAGAGUGUCACCCCCUUUGAAGAGGGGGAUGACCGCGGCAGCUUUCCAAUCUCUGGGAUCUCAGACGUUACGAAAGAGAGGUUGAACAGUCUAGUAAUAGGGGUUGCGACAAUUUCGGCGGCUAGUUUUAGAAGAAAGGGUCCAGAUUGUCUAGCCCAGAUGAUUUGUAGGGGUCCAGAUUUUGCAGCUCUUUCAGAACAUCAGCUGUCUGGAUUUGUGUGAAGGAGAAGCGGGGGGGGGCAUGGGCAAGUUGCAGCGGAGGGUGCAGAGCUGGUAAUGAAAUACAAUACAGUACAAUACAAUACUGUACAAUAUAUUACAAUAACAUAACAUAUAAUAUAAUGCAAUACAAUGCAGUACAAUACAGUACAAUACAAUACAAUACAGUACAAUACAGUAAAAAGCUCAAAUUGAUUUUCACUCCAACCUAUUCACUGGAAGGUAUCUCAAUACAAUGAUAAUUCGAUGCAUAACAACGUUUUCUGGUUGUAGUUAACUUCCUCAUACCUAGCCUCAACAUUCACUAACAACUAAGACUGCUUUUCGACUAAACAUUGCCAGCCAGGUUCCUGGACACAGAUGAAGCCUAGUCCUGGACUAAAAAGCACUUUCAAAGGAGAUUUCCUUUGAACAUGCUUUUUAGUCCAAGAAUAAUCUUAGUCUGUGUCCAGGAAACUGACCCUUUAUGUUGUAGGAUACAAAUAUUAUAGAUCAUCAAUAUUUAGUGAAACUUAAGUUUUUCCUUAUGUUCUCUCCCCAUUUUCCCAGACUGCUUGGUACUUCUGGUCUACAAAGACAAGUCGGAUAAAGCCCAGGGCCACCGGGAGAGGGUCAGCGUCACCUUGGAGGACAUCUGUGGUCUGGAGACAGGUCUCUCCUAUGAGGGAGUGGGCUACACGCUGGCCAUCCUCUGCCUGGGCCAGGUUGUCGUGCUGGGCUUCGACGGCAAGGAGGCUCUGCUGGCCUGGGACAUCCGCGUCCGCUAUAGUCUGGGAGAAGGUGGGAGAUGCACUGGUUUAUGGUAGCCAUUGUUUUUGCCCCAUUUUUGUACUAUUUGGAUUAGCUUGCUCAUUUAGUAGAUUUUAGCCUAGGCCAUCCGUGUCCCAUUCAGCCUGAUGGUUAUUGCAGGGGGCCCAUUUAGAUAGUAUAUAAUGUAUAUAUCUCCGUUAGGCGUUGAGUCAAAUCAGCUUGUUUUUAGCUGGACCUGGCACAUCGGUAUCUGCUACAGCCUAGACUGUCUUACGGGUAGGUCCUUGUUGACAGGGUUCUCAAAUGACGUGCUCUUCUGGGUGACCCAUGUGUUAUGCAAUAUGAAUUUACAUAACAUGUGCAUCAAAGCAAAUCAUUUCAUAGUAACCAGCAAGGUGUUUUAGAUGUCAGUUUGAUGACUGAUUGAGCAUGGAAUGGGGUAUAACUGGUUGGAUCUACUCGUAUUCCUGUCAACACCCGGAAAUAUCUAUUCAUUAACAUAUAUUUUUACUUUUUUAUGCUCUGAUGUUGAUUUAAAAGUUUAAUAAGGCAAUUUAUAUUUUUUGACUUCACAGAGUCCAGUUGAAUUGUGUUGUGGACCAAAUGAGUGUAAAAAAAUCACAGAUGUAUUGGAUCUAUUGUGUGGAGUGUAAUUGGAAUGGUCAGGAAAACAUAUCGCAGCUGCCCUGUGUAUGUGUGCUUGUGUGUGUGUGUGUGUGUGUGUGCCUGUUUCACUCUUUUCCACGGUUGUGUGUGUGUGUCUGUUCCACUCCACGUUUUACGAGUGUGUGUGGUCCUCUGUAGCUCAAUUGGUAGAGCAUGGCACUUGUAACGCCAGGGUAGUGGGUUCGAUCCCCGGGACCACCCAUACGUAAAAAUUUAUGCACACGUGACUGUAAGUCGCUUUGGAUAAAAGCGUCUGCUAAAUGGCAUAUUAAUAUUAUUAUUAUUGUUACUGUGUGUGUGUGUGUUCCACUGUGUGUGUGUGUGUUCCACUGUGUGUGUGUGUGUGUUCCACUGUGUGUGUGUGUGUUCCACUGUGUGUGUGUGUGUUCCACUGUGUGUGUGUGUGUUCCACUGUGUGUGUGUGUGUGUUCCACUGUGUGUGUGUGUGUUCCACUGUGUGUGUGUGUGUGUGUGUGGGUGAGUUCCACUGUGUGUGUGGGGGUGAGUUCCACUGUGUGUGUGUGUGUUCCACUGUGUGUGUGUGUGUUCCACUGUGUGUGUGUGUGUGUUCCACUGUGUGUGUGUGUGUGUGUGGGUGAGUUCCACUGUGUGUGUGGGGGUGAGUUCCACUGUGUGUAUGUGUGUUCCACUGUGUGUGUGUGGGUGUUCCACUGUGUGUGUGUGUUCCACUGUGUGUGUGUGUGUUCCACUGUGUGUGUGUGUAUGUGUGUGUUCCACUGUGUGUGUGUGUGUGGGGGGGGGGGGUGAGUUCCACUGUGUGUGUGUGUUCCACUGUGUGUGUGUGUUCCACUGUGUGUGUGUGUGUUCCACUGUGUGUGUGUGUUUAUGUGUGUUCCACUGUGUGUGUGUGUUCCACUGUGUGUGUGUGUGUUCCACUGUGUGUGUGUGUGUAUGUGUGUUCCACUGUGUGUGUGUGUUCCACUGUGUGUAUGUGUGUUCCACUGUGUGUGUGUGGGUGUUCCACUGUGUGUAUGUGUGUUCCACUGUGUGUGUGUGUGUGUUCCACUGUGUGUGUGUGUGUGUUCCACUGUGUGUGUGUCGGUGAGUUCCACUGUGUGUGUGUGUGUUCCACUGUGUGUGUUCCACUGUGUGUGUGUUCCACUGUGUGUGUGUGUGUGUGUUCCACUGUGUGUGUUCCACUGUGUGUGUGUGUGUGUGUGUGUGUUCCCCACUGUGUGUGUGUGUGUGUGUUCCACUGUGUGUGUGUCGGUGAGUUCCACUGUGUGUGUGUACGUGUUCCACUGUGUGUGUGUGUGCGUGUUCCACUGUGUGUGUGUGUGCAUGUUCCACUGUGUGUGUGUGUGUAUGUGUUCCACUGUGUGUGUGUGUGCGUGUUCCACUGUGUGUGUGUGUGUACGUGUUCCACUGUGUGUGUGUUUGUGUUCCACUGUGUGUGUGUGUGUAUGUGUUCCACUGUGUGUGUGUGUGUUCCACUGUGUGUGUGUGGGUGAGUUCCACUGUGCGUGUGUGUGUGUUCCACUGUGUGUGUGUGGGUUCCACUGUGUGUGUGUGGGUGAGUUCCACGGUGUGUGUGUGUGUGUUCCACUGUGUGUGUGUGUAUAUUUCACUGUGUGUGUGUGGGUGAGUUCCAUUGUGUGUGUGUGUGUGUGUGUGUGUGUGUGUGUUUGUGUGUGUUCCACUGUGUGCGUGUGUGUGAUUGUCGUGCUCUGCUGUCCAAUCAAAUCAAAUGCAAUUUUAUUCUUCACAUGCUUCAUAAACAACAGGUGUAGACUAACAGUGAAAUGCUGACUUACAGACCCUUCCCAACAAUGCAGAGAGAAAGAACAUAGAGAAAUAAUAGAAAAGUAAAACACGUAAUAUUAAAUACACAAUGAGUAAUGAUAACUUAUAUACAAAGGGUACCAGUACCGAUUCGAUGUGCAGGGGUACGAGGUAAUUGAGGUAGAUACACUACAUGACCAAAAGUAUGUGGACACCCGCUCGUCGAACAUCUCAUUGCAAAAUCAUGGGCAUUAAUAUGGAGUUGGUCCCCCCUUUGCUGCUAUAACAGCCUCCACUCUUCUGGGAAGGCUUUCCAUUAGCUGUUGGAACAUUGCUGCAGGAACUUGCUUCCAUUCAGCCACAAGAGCAUUAGUGAGGUUGGGCACUGAUGUUGGGCGAUUAGGCCUGGCUCACAGUCGGCGUUCCAAUUCAUCCCAAAGGGCCUUCCCCAAACUGUUGCAACAAAGUUGGAAGCAGAGAAUCGUCUAUAAUGUAAUUGUAUGCUGUAGCAUUAAGAUUUCCCUUCACUGGAACUAAAGGGCAUAGCCCGAACCAUGAAAAACAGCCCCAGACCAUUAUUCCUCCUCCACCAAACUUUACAGUUGGCACUAUGCUUUGGGGCAGGUAGCGUUCUCCUGGCAUCCGCCAAACCCAGAUUUGUCCGUCGGACUGCCAGAUGGUGAAGCGUGAUUCAUCACUCGAGAGAACGCGUUUCCACUGCUCCAGAGUCCAAUGGCGGUGAGCUUUACACCCCUCCAGCCGACGCUUGGCAUUGCGCAUGAUGAUCUUAGGCUUGUCUUCGGCCAUGGAAACCCAUUUCAUGAAGCUCCCAAGGAACAGUUCUUGUGCAGACAUUGCUUCCAGAGGCAGUUUGGAACUCGGUAGUGAGUGUUGCAACUGAGGACAGACGAUUUUUACGCGCUACACGCUUCAGCACUCGGCGGUCUCGUUCUGUGCGCUUGUGUGGCCUACCACUUCGCGGCUGAGCCGUUGUUGCUCCUAGAUGUCACCACUUCACAAUAACAGCACUUACAGUUUACCGGGGCAGCUUUAGCAGGGCAGAAAUUUGAUGAACUGACUUGUUGGAAAGGUGGCAUCCUAUGACGGUGCCACAUUGAAAGUCACUGAGCUCUUCAGCAAGGCCAUUCUACUGCCAAUGUUUGUCUAUGGAGAUUGUAUGGCUGUGUGCUCGAUUUUAUACACCUGUCAGCAACGGAUGUGGCUGAAAUAGCCGAAUCCACUAAUUUGAAGGGGUCAGGGUCCUAUUGGUUCCAGACUUGGUGCAUCGGUACCGCUUGCCGUGCGGUAGCAGAGAGAACAGUCUAUGGCCAAGCAUUUGCCAUAACAAGCAGUGAUGCAGCCAGUCAAGAUGCUCUCAAUGGUGCAGCUGUAGACAUUUUUAAGGAUUUAAGGAUCAAACCAAAUCUUUUCAGCCUCCUGAGGGGAAAGUGGCAUUGUCGUGCCCUCUUCACGACUGUGUUGGUGUGUGUGGACCAUGAUAGAUCCUUAGUGACGUGGACACCGAGGAAUUUGAAGCUCUCGACCCGCUCCACUACAGCCCCGUCGAUGUGAAUGGGGGUGUGCUCAGCCCUCCAUCUUGCUGACUUGUGGCCAGACACGCAGAAAUGUCACCUGCCAGCCCGUAGCUGAGUGCCGCUGUGUGCCAGCGCUUUUGUUGUGAUUUAUGACACUCCAUGAAUCUCUCUCAAACUGAGCGAUGACACACCAGGACUGGCUGACAUUUUCUCAUCUUCGGCGCCAUCAAUCUCUCAUCUAACAGAGUUUACUCACCGGUAUCAGUCAUGUAUUUAAUGUAGUUCCUGUUUGGUAUCGAGGAAUUCCCACCUGUACACAUACUCACACACUGUUUCUCAAACGCUUAAAAUUCACAUACACAAAACACUCAAAAGUCCACACACGCACACACGCACGCAUGCAGACAUGCACACACACACUUAAACACUUAUAAAACAGAUAAAAAGACAACACACGUUCCUACCCUGACCAUGCCUGCUGUUCCUCUUGUGUUGCUCAUUAGCAAAAAUAUUGAGUCAAUUACAUUGGUGUUUGUGACAAGUUCUGAUUGAUUACAUUUGGGCUUCAGAUCUGAGCUCUACUCUGUUCUUAGUUCAGCUUACUGUUCUCACUCUCAAUGCACUGUUUUCCUUUAUUUUUUACUAUAGAGUUAAAUCAAAGCCAUACUGGAGCAAUAAUGUUUAGGAUGAAAUAGUGUUUUCUAUCUCUUUUUCAGUUAUUGGCUACAACUAAAACAAUUGUUUGUGUCGAGGGAGUGAUAUGUUUAUAUUAAAUCAAUAAUUUGUUUCUAUUGUCUUUUGUUUAACUGGUUUUGAACUUAUCUUCUUCUCUGUCCAGUCCACAGGUUUAGCGUUGUUAUCUUACCAGGCACCAUGUUGGAGAGCGGGCCUGCGACCCUUCACUUGUGUAACAACCUACUGGUCCUGGUCAGGGACAUUUUCCCCGUUAUCAUCGGCCAGUGGAACCUCCUGGACCUGCGCAGAUAUGGGCCUGUACCAAACGGCUUCGUCUUUGAGGGGGGAACGCGCUGCGGCUACUGUGAGUUGAUUGACGUCGCUGUUGUUGCACUACGGCUACUAACCAUUGUGCUCUCAUAUUGUGUCACGGAAAAGAAGAAUGGCGUUGUCAUUGGUGCUUUCCAGUUUGACAUUAGGCUUUAGCAGGUGGAUCCUUUAAAUCUAAGCCCAAUGACCUAUAAGAUUAGUCUUGGAGCGUUUUUUUAAUGAACUGAAACAAACUUCUAUGACUAUAUGAUCUGAUUACAUUUACAUUUACAUUUUAGUCAUUUAGCAGACGCUCUUAUCCAGAGCGACUUACAGUUAGCACAUACAUUAUUUUAUCGAACCCACAACCCUGGCGUUGCAAACGCCAUGCUCUACCAACUGAGCUACAUCCCCUAUCAUGGAACUAAUAAAGCGUCUGUAUCUGCUUGGUCAUAAGAAUACUAACCCAAUACAGUACAUAACCGUACAUAACAACAGGAAAUCAUCCCCCACAGUUGAUCUUUGAUAGACUCAAAUUCAAGGUGAAUGUGGCAUUGAGGAAUCUUCUGUGGGUUAUACAGGUAACUGCCAAAAUAAAGGAAUAUCUUAAUAGGGCAUUCGGCCACCACUAGCCGCCAGAACAGCUUCAAUGUGCCUUGGCAUAGAUUCUACAAGUGUCUGGAAUUCUAUUGGAGGGAUGCGACACCAUUCGAGAAAUUCCAUCAUUUGGUGUUUUGUUGAUGGUGGUGGAAAACACUUUUUAUACAUGACCCUAAACAUGAUGGGAUGUUAAUUUCUUAAUUAACAGGAACCACACCUGUGUGGCAGCACCUGCUUUCAAUAUACUUUGUAUCCCUCAUUUACUCAAGUGUUUCCUUUAUUUUGUCAGUUACCUGUAUAUGAUGGCUAUUAUUUAUGGUGACCUUUGGGACUAAACUUGAUUUUAUUGAGUGGGCAAUUACAGAAGUUAAUUCAAACAACAUAUCCAAGCUUUUGUCUCGUUUUAUUUUUCUCUUACUUUGGUUACUAGACUUCAGUACCACUGUUUACAAAAUGUGUUUCAUGUUCACAUGCAGUAUAUGUUGGCAUGUGCUUUCAGCCUCUUGUAUCACUCUACAAGUUGGUCUAAUUUACAUGUUUCUGUGAUUCAUCUCACCUUUGGGACUUUUUUCAGUUUUUCAUUGAGAGAAUGAAAGAUGAGUUUGGCAUUUAGUGGAUUUAGAUCAUUACACUUUCCUGGGUUUUUUCUCUCUGAGUAGUCUACCCUGUUGGAACAGAGUGCCAGAUGGCAUCAUUCAGGCGGAGAACAUUUGUGUCGGGACUAUGACUACUGAGAGUGAUAAACAGAGUUGCUGGAUGUUUCUGAAUUUUUCUGACUCAUCCUUGGGGCCAGACUUACAUUAAAUAUGAUCAAUGGUGUUUGACGAGAUACAGAAUCAUAAAAAUGGCUCUUUGUGUUUAUGGAGUAUCAUGUUCUAAAGGAUGAUGGAUCAUUGCUCCGGCCAAACACUAUGCCACGCCCACAGACGUUAGUUUCUUCUCCGCAAAGAGUCUGGAUCUGAGUACCUCCCCAACGAUUUCUAGAAUGGAAAUCCAUUCUAGACCGUCUGUCCCAGAAACCGAUAGGUUGGACCAGAGCCAGAACACAUGGGUAAAGCAGCCUUUGAAAAUUAGUUAUUGGCUUUGAUACUCUGAUUGGUUAGAGAUGAUCCAAUAACUAAUGACUUUGUUUUGUACAACAACCCUCAUUUUGAGGUCACCACAAAUGACUUCAACGAUGGCAGUCUCAGACUGAAGUAUGUAGUGAACAUAGAGCAUUUGAAGAAUUCAGUUUGGUCGUCAGGCAAGAUGGAUCAGACGUGUAAACAUCUGAUUUUGUAACUUGGGUAGGCAACAUGAAAUAAAGGACUUGUUGUCGUGGCUGAUUUUGUUUCACAAAGCUUGCAAGCUUUGAAUAGAAAUCCAAUCUCAGUUAGCCUUGGUCCAGCAAAACCUCAUCUCUAAAUAUAAAGUAAAUGAAGUCAUACUUGAGCAGAGAGUGCGUUAAUGUUUAUUUCCAUGGCCGUAACAUGUGUAUGUGAUUGCGGUAUGGUAUUUUGCAGUUUACAUCCUGGACUAGACACUAAACCGUUAAAGGUGGAAUGGACGCGUGUCAACGCCUGUAGUGGACACAGACAGGAACGCAAAGUACGCCGCAUAGCUGAAGACAUCAGAGUAAUAUUAAUACACACGACCCACUGGAAACACGAUACUCCAGUAUGUGAUCCGUGAUUUAUUUAGCUCCAUUCAAUCUACGGCUAGAGGCGCAACUUAAUAUCAGGAAGGUCACAUCGGGGAGAGUUUUCCAAUCCAUGCGUCAUAAAAAAAAAGGAAAGCACAUCCCUUUUUCAAAGACGGGAAAAAUGUGUGUGUGUGCGUGUGUGUACAUGGGAUCUAUACAUGGGCACGUCUGAAUGUUUAUGUGUCUUGAAGGGCACGCAUUCCAGAGAUACGUUGUCGCAGCACAGUUUAUCCACAGCAGAUGGAGAAGUGGGGCGACAGUGUUACUGGACCUCUGGCUGGGGGGUAAUGUUGCUGCAUGGUGUCUGGUGGUGAACUGGCCUCUUCAGUCUUUCCCAUGUAGACUUUCUCUAAGACUCAAAGUCUGUCUAUAACAACUCCCAGGGUUGUCAAAUAUAAAAACGGAGACAUUUCAAAGCCAUGUUAUGACGAUGGGAACGGGGAUGGGUAUCAAAGCUACAGUAUAAUGAGAAAAUAAAUAUUCUUACUGCUUUUUAUGUAGCUGGAAGCUAACGUCUGUUCAAAGUCUGUAGAAUCACCCUACAUUUUAAUCUCUGCUAAAACGAUGAUACCUGCAUUGGACAGCAGCUGACCAAAGAGACUACCUCAAAACCAAGGAUCCUUCCAUUGAGGAAUACAGGGCUUUUAUAAUGCUUUUAAAGAGCAGAGACAAGGUCGUCUGAACGCAGACGAACAGUAAUAAGUGUGUUCCUAUAUGACUCAGUGCUCAUUCAGUGCAUUCAUCUCCUGGUGCUGGUGUCAGAUCAUGGCCAGGGUUGGCUAGGUUCCUUUCUAAAUGUAAUCUGUUACAGAGACUAGUUACUCAGUGCUCAUUCAGUGCUGGGUAGGUUCCUUUCUAAAUGUAAUCCGUUACAGUGACUAGUUACUCAGUGCUCAUUCAGUGCUGGGUAGGUUCCUUUCUAAAUGUAAUCCAUUACAGUUACUAGUUACCUGUCCAAAAUUGUAAUUAGUAACAUAACUUUUGGAUUACCCAAACUCAGUAACGUAAUCUGCUUACUUUCCCCUUAAAAGCCGCUGCAUGGUCAAUCCGAUAUCUGCAUUGGCCGUGCAGCAUUUACGGUGAUACGGCCUCUGCAGAAGUCAGGGCAUUCAUACUUCUUGCGCUUUGCAGAGCAGCGCAGAGCUCCUUUCUAAGGGCCGACACUAAGAAGAGGUCAGAGGUUAGCAGCUAAAACCACUCAGAUGUCUACACUGAGGGGGACUCAAGAAGCAUGUUACAACAUCUCCUGUCUGCAGUCAUCUGUUGUCAUCUAUCAUCCUGUUCUGAGUAAAAUGGCUAUUCAAAAGGUUAGUUAACAAUCUGACUUGAGAAUAAUUUACAGUGUUCAUAAAGAAUGUGACAGGGGGCAGCACUGUGGUGGGUGGUCUCAGGACCAGGUGACAGAAGGACCCUCUUGGUGACCUCCCUGGUGUGUCUAAUGCUUGGGGGUGAUGGUUAGCAGACUUGGUUCUUAGCGGGGAGGGCAAGAGAACUCCUGACCCGUUAACCCCAACACCCUCUCAACCUAUACCACCUUUACACUUCAAAUUUGACAUUUUGAGUGACCGGAGCUGUAUAUCAGAGAUUUCGUUUUUUGACCGUUGAUUUGUGCUGUGUGAGGCUUUAUUUAGCCUUAGCUUAUUUACAUAUUCUGGAAUGUAGUGGGUCUAACCUCAGCAUUUUUUUAAAUAUCUAUAAAAGUUCAAGGUUGCUCUUAUUUCACUAUCUGGCUAAGUUGAAAUGGACAACAAUUGACUGGGUGACAAUCCAUAAUUAUGUCCAUUCAGUCUGCAAACAAAAUGAAUGGGUGCUAGCAAUUGCUAUGCUUGUGAGCCAACUGGCCAGUACAAAGAUGUAUCACUGUACUCUACUUCCAUCCAUUUAUAAUUGACCCAGACGUGUGUGGGGAAACAUUUACCACAAUCUAAAGAGUGGAACGUGACAUUAAGCUGUUGGACUGUGUGUGUUUCCUUCAGGGGCUGGAGUCUUCUUCCUAUCGUCCAUGGAGGGAGAGCAGAUCAGCUUUCUGUUCGACUGCAUCGUCAGAGGCAUCUCCCCUAGCAGAGGCCCUUUUGGACUGCGGUCAGUCCUGCCUGGUCAGUACCAAAGGUCUUUACUGAUGCGUAGGUAUGAAGGUUGUCCAUGGCUAGAUAUACGGCUUGCUCAAACAAGCACAUACAGACCAGGGUGGCGAAUUUACAGUACAGGACAUAUGGGAGCUGGGGGUAUUUUUAUCCAAUUACUGGGCAAUUUAAAUGGGGAUGGAUGAAAUGUAUCCUCAAUGUAUCCUUGUGGUCAUUCUGAGGUAAGUUAUGUAGAGGUAUAUUAUCCAUUGCCUUUUCGCCUUCUGAGUUGGCAAACACUUACAUCGAACACUUGCCAUCUUAAUCAAAACAAGUGUUCUUCGAGACAUAAUUUAGGUGGGAUUUAUCCUCGCUAUUAAAGUGGCCCACACCAUGUGCUUUCUGGAAUGCAGCCACUUCCAGAGUGUGUUACACUGAGUCGCAUGGAUUCCAUCCAAUGUACUCUGAUCCAACAGAAUUAUGACUGACAGCUGUUUUAUACAUCAUUUGAUUAGCUGGGUACAGACUGUAAUAUUAGUGAAUAUAAUCUGAUAACCACUGUACCUUAAGGAGCAUAUACAACGGGGCCACCUUAUAUAUAUAUAAUAGGAUAACCACUGUACUAACUGUAAUUAGUACAGGUCUGCAGCUGUGACAAAUUAUCCCGUGUUAAAUCAACACUGAGAGUGUUAAACUAGGUCCAGUGUCUAUAUGGGUCCACACUUUUCAGUGUUAAAUUAACACACUGCUUAGUGUAAAGCCUUAUUUGCAUAUUUCCCAGAGUGUCUUGCCUUUCAAGUGAAUAGUAGAGUUACCACGCAUGUCUGUAUUUGUUAGUGACAGAGACAUGGUUGUUGCAUUCAUCCAUUUUCAGUCCUGUGGCCUUCACCAAGUGAGAUCCUAAACAAAUAUGUUAUCAUUCAAAUUAAAUUAUUUAACAUAAUACAACAGGCAUUUCAUAAGGCCUUAUUUUGAGGGUCUAGCUUCACCCUAAUACAGUGGCCUGAAACUCAUGGUUUACAGGCCAUCAUCAGGCCUGCAAGUCACAUUAUGCUGGCUUGCAAAGUGAUGUGUAAUUCCUAUUGGAAUACAGCCAGAGUGGGGAUAUCCAACAUUUUGAAUUUUUAUUCAUCCGCAACCUGCAUUCAGAAUGACUGCCGGGUUGGGAUAGACUAUGAUUUUAGACUACCUAAGCCAUCUUAACUGGAACAACCAUUUCAGUAACAGGUGCAAUAAGUCCAAGUAACAGAUUGGAUUAGUUUAGAAGAAUGUAUGUUAUUUAUAUUUGAGUAGCAUAAGAUGGAUUAAUCAAUCAAUAUGCAUGCAAAAACAUAGAUAUUGAAACAAACAAUUCUAAAAAUCAUCUGCAAUAGAGUAUAAUGGGAAAUAUGUUAAUGAUGGGUGUGGUUUUGGUUUAACACUGGUUAUUAACACCAACACUGGGGUUAUUUUACACCAAUGAGUGUUAAUUUAACACUUACAGAGUUCAUUAAACACCUGAAUCAACACUAGAAAUGUUACACUGAAAAAUCAACACUAGGUAACACUGGUAAAUUUGCUGUGUGGGUAUUCCUGGUUUCACACAUCUCCUCGCCCAAUCAGGCCUUGAACUAAUCUAAUAUUAUUGUAGUGCGUAGUAGAAUAAAUAGCAGGAGACGAUGUCAGAGGGAGAGCGGGAGGGUCAAAGUCACAGUUCACACAAGCAGAGCGCAACAAACCCUUCUAAUCACUCUGAGCAUGUGUGUAACCUCAUCCCCAUGAUUCCUGUGUCCCCCCCCCCCCCCCCACCAUCACACACUUGGUGCCUCUCUCUCACACACACACCCUGUGUACACUCUGUUCCUCUCUCUCUCUCAAUUACAUUUCAAUUUAAGGGCUUUAUUGGCAUGGGAAACGUAUGUUAACAUUGCCAAAGUAAGUGAAGUAGAUAGUAAACAAAAGUGAAAUAAACAAUAAAUAUUAACAGUAAACAUUACACUCAGAAGUUCCAAAAGAAUAAAGACAUUUCAAAUGUCAUAUUAUGUAUCUAUACAGUCUCUCUCUCUCUCUCUCUCUCUCUCUCUCUCUCUCUCUCUCUCUUUCAAUCUGUUUCUUCCCCCAUCUCUCUCUUCCCCUCUUUCUUGAGUAAUUGCUCUCUCUUGAUAUUCUCUCUUCUCUCUCUUGCUUUUUCUCUCUUGUUCAACAUUUCCUCUUGUUCUGCCCUCUAUCUCUCCCUCUCUCUCUCACACACACUAUCUCUCUGUCUGUGUGUCUAGUCUCCUGUAAAUACCCACUGUCCCUUCUCGUGCAAGGGAACACGAUUGUUAACAAGAAGCUGAAGCAGAUGUCAGCUAUUACAACCAGUUGAUUACUGUCCAUUCGUUAACAGCUAGAUAACAGAUUGAAAUUCUUGUGAAAGGUCCUUUGCCAUUUGUAUGUCAUUUUACACUCUACUUGCACAAUCAAAAUGACAAUGAACCUUGGGAAGCACCCUUUAAAAAAGAUGGGUUGACCAGGAAAUCAAUGUAACUUGGGUUUGGACUAAGGUAACUUACAUUAGAUCCUGGGCGCAGUACUAACAAUCUGUAGCCACACCAUCUCCAUUACACAUACCACAGAGGCCAUGUGGCAAGCAGUGCUAUGAAUAAACACGUAGUGUUGCACAAACAGCAAGGUGUUCCCCUGUGACUCUGUUCUCUGUGAGCCCUCUAAAGGCCUGGUGUUUUCACCCUCGCAGACGGAGGGUGACGUGACAGUAAAACGAGAGCGCUAGCAUUUGAGGUCGUCUCAUUCUCAGUACUGGGUGUUCAGUAGGGCACACCGUAGCGAAACGUUUUGCAACGGAAAACAGAAAUCAGUGUUCUUAUUGAGUACGUUCAGGUAAUACCUUUCUGUUUUACUCAGUUUCAAACCGUUUUCUUCCUACUGACCACGACCCCGUCUACUGAUUAAGGAUGGGGGUUUGAAAUAAUUUCACCAUUCGAAUAGUAUAAUUUUUGUCAGAUAUCCAGAUAUUCGAAAUACAUGUGUUUUUUGUAACUUAUUUUUUUUUACCUGAGCAAUGCUGCGAGAGGGAGAAGUUGGCACUCUAUUGCUGCAGCUGCACCUGGGGAGGUUAUAUGGGGCGGUGUGUGUGGCGAGCAGAUGGAGGUAGAGUGAGAGAUGCCAAGGCAACUCGGCUACAGCCAAGACUAGCUAAAUUGUAGCAGCCACAAUGUUAUUGAUCAUCCCAUAUAACAGUGCCUGCCUUGACUGGAGUAGCCUGAACUGCUCAGCCCAGUCCAAGCUCUUCUCUGUCCUGGCAACCCAAUGGUGGAACCAGCUUCCCCCUGAAGCUAAGACAGCAGAGUCCCUGCCCAUCUUCCGAAAAAAACUGAAACCUUACCUCUUCAAAGAGUAUCUUAAAUAAUCUCACAGCACCCCGCCUCGCAUCCCCUUCUCAAUCCCCCCUUUCGUGAACUUACACUCGUACUUGACUUUUUUGACCCCCUUACUAGCUUUGACAGCUAUUUUAUUGAGGAACAAUUUACUUACUAUGACUGAUAUGUGGUUGUCCCACCCAGCUAUCUUAAGAUGAAUGCACUAACUGUAAGUCGCUCUGGAUAAGAGUGUCUGCUAAACGACUCAAAUGUUAAUGUAAAUGUAGCCUAGAGAGGGAGAAGCAAUGCUGCGAGAGGGAGAAGCUGGCACUCUAUUGCUGCAGCUGCACCUGGGGAGGUUAUAUGGGGCGGUGUGUGUUGUGAGCAGAUGGAGAGAGAGAGAGAGAAAUCAGUGUUCUUAGCUAGGCUAAUUGAGGUCACAUGCUGCGCUUUCUCACCAACCCCAUUCAGAUAAAACAACAGCCUACCUAUUGGUUGCUCGUUGUAGCGUACUCCUUCUCAUUUCGCGAACUUUUAAUUCCAGAAUUGUAUUAAAUCUCGCAUUGCAUUAGUGAACUCUCACUCCACUUACAUUGAGCCUCUUUGCUGCUUUGAUUGGCCAACAUAAACCACAAGCUACACAUGUGAAGGCUACAGGUCCUUUUAUGAAACGCACCAUCACGUCAUAAAAACUAAAUUAAAAAGUUUGUUGUUAUAUUAAAUUAAUAACUUGAAAUGUCAUGGUAUAUGUAACAAUGUCACAUGGAUAUUUUAAUUUAAUUUAGAAAAGCCUUUUCAGUGUUAAAAUCAGGUUAAAAUAGUCCUGCAGUGCCUGUAGAAAGACUACCCCCCCCCCCCCCCCCUUGGAUUUCUUCACAUUUUAUUGUGUUACAAAGUGAGAUUCAAAUGAAUUUAAUUGUCAUUUUUUGUCAACAAUUUACACAAAAUACUCAGUAACAUCAAAGUGGAAGAAAAAUAAAACACUAAUAUACCUUGAUUAGAUAAGUAUUCACACCCCUGGGUCAAUACAAGUUAGAAACCCCUUUGGCAGUGAUUACAGCUGUGAGACUUCUUGGAUUUGUGUUGUAGGUUAUUGUCCUACUGAAAGGUGAAAUCCUCUCCCAGUGUCUGCUGUGAAGCAGACUGAAGAAGGUUUUCCUCUAGGAUGUUGGCUGUGCUUAGCUCCAUUGCAUUUAUUUUUCUGCUGAAAAACUCCCUAGUCUUUGCCGAUGUCAAGCAUGCCCAUACAAUGAUGCAGCUGUCACCAUGCUUGAAAAUAAGGAGGCAGUUACUCAGUGAUGUGCUGUGCUGGAUUGGCCCAAAACAUAAGGCUUUACAUUUAGGCCAAAAAGUGUCUUCCUUUGCAGUGUUUUUUUGCAGUAUUACUUCAGUGCCUGUAUGUUCUAUGUAUGUCGCAUUUUUUAUUUUUUGUUAUUUUACCCUUAUUUUACCAGGUAAGUUGACUGAGAACACGUUCUCAUUUACAGCAACGACCUGGGGAAUAGUGACAGGGGAGAGGAAGGGCGAUGAAUGAGCCAAUUGGAAGCUGGGGAUGAUGCAUGUUUUUAAUAUUUUGAUUCUACUUUUCUCUUUAUUGUGGAGUCACUACAAUGUUGUUAAUCCAUCCUCACUUUUCUGUCAUCACAGCCAUUGAACUCUAUUGCUGUUUUAAAAUCACCAACGGCCUCAUGGUGACUUCCCUAAGCAGUUUCUUUCCUGUCCUGCAGCUCAGUUCAUCAUUGCAUUAGUGUGUAAUUGAUACUACGUAUUGUUGUUGACUGUUGACUCCUGGUAAAAUACAGGUAAAAUAAAAUGAAUACUGUUGUGCGUUUCACUCCCGACAGACCCCAACGCUGUCGCUAGCCAGGCCUACUCUGAGGAGAGGGUGAACCAUGAGGCCCAGGAGCUGGAGAAACGCCUCAGUAUGCUGUCUCACCAGAGCAUCACAGGUGCAGUACCUCUACGUCUAUUCUAUUACAGUGUGACCUUCCUCCAAUUUAAGGUCUCCACCAGUCUUCACUGCCACGCCACCAUUUAUCUUCCCUCGACAGCACUAGGAAAACCACAACCUUUCAUUUCAUAAACAGACCUCACUUUCUUUCACUUUAAACAAACUUCAGGAAGUAACACCACUCUAACAUAUGGAACGUGAACUAGUGUUAGUGUUAUUUUUCUCCAUGACUAAUCCAUGGAAAAUGAUACAUUGCCCAGUAAUGGUGAUUGUUGCUUUAAAGUAACCUUCUAAAAGUAUGUUUCUAUAGCGUCAUAUUAAUUAUGUUGUUGAUUUAUUGUGAGUAUUAUGGCUGUGAAUACCAGUCAGACAAGAGACUGACGAGACUUCUUGGAUAAUCUGAUGUUAUGUUUUAUUGAUGUAGUGCCUCAAUGUGCCUGUGUAGAUACGGUAUAUAAGUAAUAGUUUUGUUUUUAUAGAAUAAAUAAUGUGUUUCUUAUGUUUAUUUGGCAGCCUCCUCCACGUAUGGUCGGUCUGUGGUGGGAGACGACCGCAGCAUAUCAGGCUCCUCUGACACCUCCGACACCAGCCAAUCAGACUCCAGCAUCGGCAGCCGGCUGGCCGUUUGGACUGAGUCUGUCACAAAAAGCUCCGCCCCCACAGAGACCAUCAUUGUCCAGUUACAGGCCAAGGAGAAACUGUCCGCCAGCCAGGUGGGUGGAGCCCGUGCAGUAGCCAAGAACCCUCGGUCCCGGCAGCUGCAGGAGAUUGGUCGCCAGAGCUCGUCCGACAGCGGUAUUGCCACAGGAAGCCACUCCUCCUACUCUGGGAGUUUCUCCUCCUACGCGGGUAGCCUGGACAUUGGCCCUGGGGGGGGGGACUUUGGCUCCCUGCUCAGCCUGCCCCCUCACCUGUCUCUAGACCUGGCCCCCUGUACAUGCCCCCCUGCGCCAGGACAUGAGUACCAGUUACCCACCUCACUCAGGUACCUCUAUGACACUCCCCCGGACUCUACUGCAGGGGGGAACAGGAUGGGCCAGGGAGCAGGAGACCUCCACAACACCUAAGGACCAGGCAGCCAGUUCACCCCAAUCACCCCCAUCAUGUGAGUCAACACAGGGGGAGAAAGAUGCUCCUCCCGGGGGUCGCUCGGACACUGUUGCCAGGCGCUCCACCACAGAGCUCCUGCAGAGCCACUCUGAGGAGAGUAAGAGCAGGGGGGCGCCCCCUAGUGACAGUCAACACCCAGAGUCCUGUCAGGUCUGCAGUAGUUCCCAACUCACUUCCUCCAAAACCCUCCUCACUAUCUGCCCCACCUGUGGAGGAUUCAAGGUACAGAGAGCUGGGGUGAAUCUCCUUUAUUCCCUGUGCCCUCUCUCGCUUCCUUCUCAAAACCUAUUGGAGGAACUUAGGAUCCUCUACUCCAAUGCGUUUUGAGAAGGAGAUGAGGGGAGAAGACACAAGGAAUCAAGGAAAUGCAAUUGAGAUGCUCCCCUGGUCACUUUUAUUAAUCUAUGGAUGUAACGUGUGCCCUUUGAUAAAAAAAAGAAAAACACGUUUAUUUUCAUCCAAUUGACUGUAUUCCACUGGUUCGUCUCACUUUCAUUAUCAUUAAAUUGACACAGUUUGAGACAAAAUGUUUAGUUUCUUCAGAGUUGCUUUGUUUUUCUCAUGAGUACCAACUACCAAAGUACCUCAAUACUGUCAGCGGCGUUCGAUUAGACUUUAUAACAGCUUGUUUGAUUAAACCCUUGUCAUCUUGGUAUCAUCUGUUGUCAUCUAUAGCUAUCAAUACAUUACCCUUUGUGUGAAAUCGAUUUCACAGCAAUUGGUGUUGGAACAUUAACAAUCUUGCUGCCUGUCUGUCUAGCAAGGUGUGCGCUCUACUCAGUGUUGGGGAGUAGUGUGAUCAUUUUUCACGAAGUAGUUUGGAUGUAGUGAACUACUUUUUCAAAGUAACUUUAGUUAAGUAAACUAUAUUUUUCUUAGGGGUAAUUUAGUGUAGCUUAACUUCUUCCAGUGUGAAGUAAUAGGUAGCUUGGUGAACUAUAUUUUCAGAGUAGCUUCCCCUGUACAUGCCCCCCUGCGCCAGGACAUGAGUACCACGUACCCACCUCACUGAGGUACCUUUAUGACACCCCCCGGCCUCUACUGCAGGGGGGAACAGGAGGGGCUCUACUAGCUAUUUGAGAUAUCAACUGUCCUCUCACUCAAUACGGUCAGGAAAUGCUCUUCUGUGCGUAGAUGUUGUUCUUAGUCUAUUACACACUCCCAUCUCUGUGUAAAGUGUGUUUAUAAGUGCCUCUGUGUCACCAUAGCUACUGCUCUUCUAAAUGGGCCUCCAUCUUGAGUUUGUACUAUAAGUCUGGGUUGUCUUGGGCUUUUUACAGGCCCAGUGCAGUCAAAAAUGUGAUUUUCCUGUGUUUUAUAUAUAUUUCAACACUAUGAGGUUGGGAAAUACUGUAAAAUUGUGAAAAUGAUCAUAAUUCCCUUUUACUGUAAGAGCUGUUUGAAGACCUGAAAUUUCAGUUUGUUUUUGGUGGGAUGGAAUUUUAGCCUGUCUGGUGAAAUCACCAGAUGGUAAAUUAGUUAAUAGACCAAUAAGAAAGAGAGUUCCAAAACCCUCCCUACUUAGACCACUCCCAGACACAAUCCUAGCUAAAUUAUUGCUUGAGAAAUUGCUCUUUGCUAAGAAGCAAUUUUUGUUUCUUUUUGACCAUUUUAAUUGAAAUCAACCACAGUAAGGUACUUAAUUGUUACCCAGAAAUGAUUUGAUAUUGAGAUAAAAACGGCUGUAUUGACCAUCUUCUCUCUCUUUGAGGUCAUUCGAGUGCAGGAAAUUGAUUUUGACUUCUUCUCUUCUUACAAACUUUUUUUCUUCCACUGUCUUGGCUUGUUAUGGAACCAUAAGAAAGGAUAGCCCUUCAGUUUGAUCUUUGAAGAUGAAUCUCGUUUACAAGUGAUUCACAACGUAAAACCUCAUGCUUAUAUACUUGGAAAGAGGUAUUAUUCAUACACUGAGUAUGAGACUUUUGAUUAGAUCAAAAUAUUUUCAGAAAACAUUCUCUGUCGAAUAGAAUAGCUGAUUGUAGUCAUUUUUUUGUUCAUAGAAAUAACAUAUUUUCUUAAGCAGUGCUUUUGAUUAUAUUAAAAAUAAAAUUAAUGAAGACUAAUUCAGACCAUCAGAAUUUCAAACCUCUUAAAACAAAGUGCUCUUCUUUGGUCAAAGGGGUUCUGUUUCACUCGCUGAUGAAACAACUUCAAAUGAUGUUAAUGUUUUUUUCUACCCCGUAUAUGUGACUUUAUUGAUCUUGUAAACCUAGAGCUCCCUCUGCUGGUGGUGCAUUUAGAUAUGAAUAAUCCCAAAUUGGUUGGAGAGGCAAAUUUAUCAAGGUUUAUUUCUGAUGACCUCUGUAGAAAACAAAAAAGGGAUACUUCUGUUGUUUCCUCAGACUUGCCUUUAGUGUAGCCUUCGGUCACUUUGAAAGAUAUUCCCCAUGAGUGCCGUAAAGGUCCAGCCUUACAGUGCAACAAUUCCUCUGUUAGCUCCCCAGCACCGGUCCUAUUGGAUAAAGCAUUGUGUGGGUGCACAUCUAUCAACAGGUUGUAAUACUCAACCUCAGCUAGGAAAACAAAGACCCUUAAGCGCCCUUAGGUUCCAAUAAGUCAUUGUAACUCUAUGCGAACAAGCCAUAGUGGCUCUAAUGUUUUUACCAAAAGACAAUGCCCUAGUUAUAUUAUUUGAAAGACUGGCACAAAAAGAGAAAAUAAUAUUGUGUGAAAGGAACUUUACCGGCAGACACGGUUUCAUUUAAUCUGAAUUAUUGAAGAUUUUCUCUUUCCUCAUCUUGUCACAGGGGAACCCGCUCUCCUACACAGCGGGCUCGGCAAUGCCAGCCAUACCAGGUAAGUCUGCUCCACUGGGUUGGUGCGUGUGUAUGCACCCCGAUGCCAUGAUAUGCCAUUAAUAUCCCUGUCCAAGCGUUAAUUUAUUUUCAGACCUGUGUUUACUUUGCAGCAUGUUUAGAUAAGUAGUUUGUUCUUAUUAAUGAAUCCCAUGAAUUAUUAAACCGAUGUGCAGAUUGCGUAACCUGUAUAACUAGAUAUGCGUUAAGCUGCAAGCACAGAACCUAUGGACUGAGGAUUGGCAAUUGCCUCAGGACCUUCCAUUUUUAACAAUCAGCAGGUGAAAGUAUUGAUAAGUGUCCAUUCAGACCCACCAGCAGGUCUUCUGACGCACUGAGGAAGACUACAGAGACCACGGCCUCACCUGCCUCAGUGACCAAUCACAACUCUGAGAAGCUGAAGAGGAUGAAUGAGGAACCAGCAGCUCUACAGAAGAAAGGCAAGGGGAAAUUAGCCGACCUCUCAGCUGAUCUAUUAGGCUACCGCGGCACAACCGGAGAGCCAGGUAAAAAGACAAACACACUGAAUCUGUAUGAGUCAACGGCCUCUGCUUUGAGACGUGACCUUAGAUCCCAAAAACCUGUUACCACCUGCAGAUCUGUGUGAUCUGAACUCGGCACGACAAGGGCACAAGGGGGAAGACAAGGGGACUAUCAUUUACGAAAACUGCUUCAAGUGCAAGAAAGGAGAGGAGUGCCAUCUGCCCCCUAGGGUGACACCAGCGUUGCCCGGGAACAGCGUUGUCCUACAGGUUGGUCAGAUUCACCACAGUGGUGUAUGUUUUGGACAGCCACUACCCUCUGGGCCUUGCUUGGAGAACAGUGUGGACUGUGAAGGGACACCUAACGAAGAGAAGCCCAUUGAAGUGCAACUGCUGGACCCUAAACUACAAGCUGGAGGCCUUCCAUGUGUGGAGGUGAAAGGUAAUUCAGUGUCCGUUGAAGGUCUUUAUGGACUGAACUCCAUGCUAACAGACAAAGCCAGCCUCUUCCUUCAUGGAUUCCUCUCUCCGUUUCUUCUCUUCUCUUCUUUCCCUGUUCUCUUUGACUAAAGAUCCUUUCUUCUCUGUAUUUCGUGGACUAUUUCUCCUCCCUCUGCAAGCUGUCGAUGCCUCUCUAUGUUUCUUCAUGCUGUAUUGAUUUUGAGAUUGAGCUGCUUUGACGGUUGGGAGAGAUGCAGAGAAUGUCAACCAGUUGCUGCAGGAUGAAACAGAAUGUUAUAAGAAGCAAUAUCAUUUUACAUUACUGUGAUGGUAAACAAGAAAAUUACUAACUAAAUAGACCAUUGUCAUAUUUGUCCAGCAUGACCCCAGAUUGUAUAGCAUUACUCUGACUGUUAUUUAGACAAUGUGGUUUUGUGGAGGUUUCCAUUUGUACUGGAAAUUAGAUCAGGGCCACUGUGUUGGCUGCUGUGCUCGUAACAGAGCCAUCCCCAUGAGUAAUACAGCACUUAUCCCAACCACACUAGGGAGUUCCAGACAAUGUAAUGCUGAAGUAUAUCCUGUCUUCUGACAUGUUGUGGUCUUGUAAGACGAUGAUUAAUGUAUCCCCCCCAAUCGUUUCCCAUCCUAGGAUCAGACAGGUUACGUGUUUGGGCACUGAGAGACACCGCUUCUUCGGCUGCAUUAGUUCACAGCAUGUACAGAUAUAGGAUCUUCAUUUGAUCACCCUGUUGCAGGAAAUGUAAAAUGUGUAGUGUAAAACGUGUAGUGUAUUUGAGGUUUAAAAAGGCUUCUGAAGUUUGUAAUUUCCACUUUGAAAUUUCAGACUUGAUUUUCCCUUACGAAAAAUGUAUCAACCCCUACAAAAAUGUCCAUUAAUUAUAAUGCAUGUAAUAAUUCACAUUUCCUGUUGCUGCAGGAUUAUUUUCCUGCUGUAGCAGACUGGCUCAAAUUAAGAUCCUACAUCUGUAGUAGAGGAAAAGGAAAACAUGAUAUAAGGAUAUUUUCCUCACAGGCUUUACUGCAGUGUAACAGGAGUCUGUUGUGUUGUUGCACAUCUCAUCUCAAACACACUUUGUUUUCCUCUUGCCACCAGACAAGAAGCUGAAGAGUAAGGAGGAGAGGCGCAAAGUUGAGUAUGAGACCAUGGAUAGCCGGGCGUUGGAGAAGAAUUCAGAGGUAGGGGGCUUAUGAAUGGGAUUCCUCACUCCUCUUACGAUCAUCACGCUCACAUGUUUAAUUCGUUUUUAUUACUAUGGUCCAAACUUAAUGUCUAUGGAAAAAAAGAGAAAUACUGUAUUUUUAGAGAAAGUAAGAGCAAAGAUUACAAAAUAUCACAUAGUUACUUAUAACACUUUGGGUUGUUUAUAGAUUUUUUAUAAUUUAUCCAGACAUUUGCCAUUUGCCAUUUCCUUGUGACCCUGGUAUUUAACAUGAGUGGAUUGAUGAAUGUCAACAAUGUUUAUGUGAUAUGUCAGUACUGCUCUUAUACACAAUGGUGGUCUUAAGUGACAGUCCUUCUCAUCUUAAAGAUACACUCUGGGAUCUUAAGCACAAGAAAUGUGUAACAUAUUGCACAAAUUGCAUUCGGAACAUAUCACACAAAUUGAAAAAAUUCUUAUGAUAUUAUACGAAUUGCUACAUUUGUAACAUAUCAGACAAAAUGGAUGACGUAGUACACAAUUGGAUGAUGUAGUACACAAGAAAUGGGGACACAUUUUGGCUCAUGAGCACCACGUUCAAAAUACUGGCUGAAAUUAUAUAAAAGUUUGACAGUGCAUCUUUAAGAACAGUUCAUUCAAAUAAAUUACAGUUAUUUUUGUGAGGAGUAUGUGUGCAAAGCGAGUCAGUGUAACACAGUGUUUGGCAGCUUUGGAGCAGAACAGACAGAACGCAUUGUGUAACAGCUCUACUACCUAAGUCAGGGUCUCUUACGCUUCAGUCUGACAGGAAGCAAUGAGGCUGCACUUUUCCAUCAUGUUUUCACACCACGGACUGUAGCAAAAACCCCGGAACAACGGAUUCAGAAGAACAGGCAUGAAUAAGCCUCAAUAAGAACAAGAGACACAUCAAGCUAAAUGCUCCUUUCAGAUUAGGUAGACAAGCCUGUGAGAUUUCAUUACACUCCAAAUAGUCAAUUCUAAAUCUAACUCGAAUGCCUCCCGUGAACUGUUGAGUAGAGAUUAGCUUUAAGUCUGGGUUUUGGUCUGCUGUUGAAAUAUAUAUUUUUAUUCAAGUUGGACUGAAUUAUUUUGUAAUUAACUACAGCCUCAGGCUUGACUUAAGCCACCCCUUUUGAACCAGCAUGUUACUUACCGUGUACUGUGUCUUUCAGCCAGAGGAGAAAAGCAAGUGUGAGCUGAUGGGCAGUUGUGGACAACAACGGUUCCUUCAUGAGACUGAAGGUGAGUGCAUUUAA